AACUUGCACCUGUCAUUUGAGCCACGGUUAUAUUUCGCUCUCAGGUCUUCACUCCGUUGAAGUUGUGAAACUACCGGAUAUACGGUUUUUCGCUCAUAAGUAGAGAUUUGUUUUUUAAUCAGUAAUAUUGCUUACACUUUUGCUCAAGAUCCUGACAUGGGUUUCUUGAAACUAUGUUGGUUUUUGGCUUUCUGCUUUAAUCAAUCCAUACGGGUUUUCUUGAUGAUGGUUUAAUGAAGACGGUUUCGAUUUCAAUAUUUUCAUUUGGGUUUUCUUGUUUCGUAGAAGAUUGAGUUAUUGGUGGUUUUUGGUGUUUUAGCUUCACUACUAUCUGGGUUUUCUUGCUUUUGAGCUAAAAUUGUUUCUUUUCAUAGAAUUUCCAUCUGGGUUUGGGAUUAUUGGUAUUCAAAUGCUUGAGUCAGGCACUCAGUUUAAGAAUAAAGAACAUGAAAACUUCUCCCAAAAUGGAAACCCAAGAACUGAUGACAUUUUUGUCCCAAAUACUACAAUGCCUGUGAUUAACAAUCAUAAAACCCAAUUAUGUGAAAAGUUCAAGUUGGGGUAUUGUAGUUAUGGAAGCAACUGUACAUUUGCCCAUGGCAAUUGUGAGCUAAGAAAGCAACUGCCCAAUCUGGAAGGUCCAAUAUGCAACGAUGAUGGAUUGGCCAGGACUUGGAAUUGUAAUGGUGACUCUAAAAGGGUCGAUCAAUCACAUAUGUGUAGAAUGUUCUAUUCCAGGAAAGAGUGUACCUAUGGUGAUAAGUGUAGGUUCCUUCAUGUAACUCCUGAGAAGUUUAAGCGUGAUUUGGGGUGUUAUAGGGAGAGUUCAGCGAUAAGGAUUGGAAGUAUUGGAUUGUCAGGUGGUCAUGAAAGUGGGAUUGGGAGCUCAAAGCCAUGGAUUAAGAAAAGGCUCUGUAAAUACUGGGAGAUGAAAGGAAGAUGCUCUUACGGAAAGAUGUGUUGCUUUGCUCAUGGACAAGCAGAGCUGGAGAAAUCAACUGGUCACAUUGAAUUGGCAUCAGAAGUUGAGCAAACUAAGGCUUCAAAGACUUUUCUUGUACCAGGCAUGGAGUUCACAUCCAGGUGGAAAGCAUUAAAGAAACUAAGUGGCAUCUAUGCUGAUUGGAUUGAAGAUAUACCCCUUCUGCAUAACUCAGUGAACAAAACAGAGAAAUGCAUUUGAACAUCCUUGACUCAGGCAGGAAUUCGAAAUUUUACUACCAUUUCUAUUACUGUAGUUAACAGGUGUUUUCAUAUAAGUUGAUUUGUGACUCGUGGUUCUCCUGAUUGUCAUUUUUAGUUUUAGCUGUAGCAAAGACCUCUUUAUUAGAGAAUCCAAAAUGAUAUCUUGAAUGCUUAGCAUGAGAGGCCUAGUUUCAUGUACAUCUCCUAUUAUAUAAUGCUAUUAUUCCAAGUCUUUUGCUAUAUAUAUAUAUAUACAUUGAUGUA